AUGAUUGCUGGCAGUGCGUUUCUGCGCACCGUGACGCGUUCGUCGGUGCCCCGCGUCCGCUCGACGCCCCUGACUGCGCGUGUGAAUGCGUUCCACUCCUCCGCCUCGGUUUCGCGUGUUGUCGGCACGCAGCCCCUGCGUGCGAAGGCCGCCUCGGGCGUGCCGGACCUGUCGAACGGCUACCCCGUGGUCGAGCACGAGUACGAUGCGAUCGUGGUGGGUGCCGGUGGUGCCGGUCUCCGUGCCGCGUUCGGUCUGGCCGAGGGCGGUCUCAACACCGCAUGCAUUACGAAGCUGUUCCCCACGCGCUCGCACACGGUGGCUGCACAGGGCGGUAUCAACGCCGCGCUCGGCAACAUGACCGAGGACGACUGGCGCUGGCACAUGUACGACACGGUCAAGGGCUCGGACUGGCUCGGUGACCAGGACGCGAUCCACUACAUGUGCCGCGAGGCGCCUCAUGCGGUGCUGGAGCUGGAGCACUACGGUCUGCCCUUCUCGCGUACCAAGGAGGGCAAGAUCUACCAGCGUGCCUUUGGUGGCCAGUCGCUCAAGUUCGGCAAGGGUGGCCAGGCGUACCGCUGUGCGGCUGCGGCUGACCGCACCGGUCACGCCAUGCUUCACACGCUGUACGGCCAGUCGCUGCGCCACAACACCACCUACUUUAUCGAGUUCUUUGCGCUCGACCUGAUCAUGGAGGACGGCGAGUGUGUGGGUGUGAUGGCGCUCAACCUCGAGGACGGUACGCUGCACCGCUUCCGCGCGCACAAGACGGUGCUGGCGACGGGUGGCUACGGUAAGGCCUACUUCAGCGCUACGAGUGCGCACACUUGCACGGGUGACGGUCUCGCGAUGGUCUCGCGUGCGGGUCUGCCGCUCCAGGACCUCGAGUUCGUGCAGUUCCACCCCACCGGUAUCUACGGCGCCGGCUGCCUGAUCACGGAGGGCUCGCGUGGUGAGGGUGGCUACCUGCUGAACUCCGAGGGCGAGCGUUUCAUGGAGCGCUACGCGCCGACCGCCAAGGACCUGGCCUCGCGCGACGUGGUGUCGCGCUCGAUGACCAUGGAGAUCCGCGAGGGCCGUGGUGUCGGUCCCGAGAAGGACCACAUCUACCUGCAGCUCUCGCACCUGCCGGCGUCGGUGCUGCACGAGCGUCUCCCGGGUAUCUCGGAGACGGCGAGCAUCUUCGCGGGUGUGGAUGUGACCAAGGAGCCGAUCCCUGUGCUGCCGACGGUCCACUACACGAUGGGUGGUAUCCCGACCCGCUACACGGGCGAGGUGCUUACCCAGGACGAGAACGGCAACGACAAGGUCGUGCCGGGUCUGUACGCGGCCGGUGAGACGGCGUGUGUGUCGGUGCACGGUGCGAACCGUCUGGGUGCCAACUCGCUGCUGGACAUUGUGGUGUUCGGCCGUGCGUGCGCGCACCACAUCCUGGAGAACCUCGAGCCUGGCAAGCCGCACAAGCCGCUGCACGGCGACAACGGCCAGCAGGCGAUCAACGACCUGGACGCCGUGCGGAACGCCGACGGCCCCCGUACCACCGCCGCGCGCGUGAUGCAGUCGGACGCCGCCGUCUUCCGCACCCAGAAGACGCUCGAAGAGGGUGUGGAGAAGAUCGACAAGGUGGUGGCCGAGUUCCCCAAGGUCUCGAUCAAGGACCGUGGUAUGAUCUGGAACACGGACCUGACGGAGACGCUGGAGCUGCGCAACCUGCUCUCGAGCGCUGCGCAGACCAUGCACUCGGCGGAGGCCCGCAAGGAGUCGCGUGGUGCGCAUGCCCGCGAGGACUUUACCGAGCGUGACGACGACUCGUGGAUGAAGCACACGCUGUCGUGGUUCGACGAGGAGACCGGCAAGGUCACGCUGAAGUAUCGCAACGUGAUCAGCAACACGCUGGACGAGAACGAGUGCAAGACCGUGCCGCCGUUCAAGCGUACGUACUAA